CUCAAUUAACACCUAAUGUAAAUAUAACUAAUAUAGCUGGUAUUUUAACAUCAUAUACUGUACCUCAAUUUACACCUAAUGUAAGUAUAAUUGAUAUAUCUAGUAUUUUAACACCAUAUACUAUAGCUCAAUUUACACCUAAUUUAAGUAUAAUUGAUAUAUCUAGUAUUGUAACAGCAUAUACUGUACCUCAAUUUACACCUAAUGUAAGUAUAAUUGAUAUAGCUAGUAUUUUAACACCAUAUACUGUAGGUCAAUGUACACCUAAUGUCAAUUUACACCUAAUUAUUGUAACAGCAUAUACUGUAGCUCAAUUAACACCUAAUUUAAGUAUAAUUGAUAUAUCUAGUAUUGUAACAGCAUAUACUGUAGGUCAAUUUACACCUAAUGUAAGUAUAAUUGAUAUAUCUAGUAUUGUAACAGCAUAUACUGUAGGUCAAUUAACACCUAAUGUAAGUAUAAUUGAUAUAUCUAGUAUUGUAACAGCAUAUACUGUAGGUCAAUUAACACCUAAUUUAAGUAUAAUUGAUAUAUCUGGUAUUUUAACACCAUAUACUGUAGGUCAAUUUACACCUAAU